UUGGCUUGUUUAAAGCAGUAUGGAAUUGCAAGACAAUCGAAUGGCUAAUGAUUUGACGAGCAAGCCUUUAAAUCCCGAUGAAGUAUUGGUUAGAAUUGGGCAAAUGGGACGCUUUCAAAUACGCUUAAUUCUUAUUAUUAGCUAUAUCAAAAUGGCCCUACAUAGUAUCCAACUUCUACUAGAAACCUUUCUCGCUGCUGAGCCUCCUUGGCGUUGUGUGAGCAACAGCUCGUCUUGUAAUAUCACUGGUAGUAUUUUACCCGGACAAAAUGGAUAUAAGCUAAGAUGUAGCCUUCAUCGAGAUCAAUGGGAGUUCGACACGAGUGAGAUGUCGACCAUUGUGACAGAGUGGGAGCUAGUUUGCGACCGUUCCACAUUGUCUAGCAUCACGAAGAGCGUAGUCUUCGCAGGAUACAUGCUUGGGAUGAUCCUUGGGGGAAUGUUGGCUGAUAAAUGCGGUCGUAAACCAAUUUCAUAUUUUCCAGCGUUAUUGUGCAGUACACUUGCGUUACUCGCUUCGUUUGUGAAUGUGUUUUGGUUAUAUGCAUUGUUGAGAGGUGCUGUUGGCAUUUUUACAGGCACCUCAUCUGUGUCCACAUUUGUUCUAAUGAUGGAGAAUAUCAAUGUAAAACAGCGCGCAGGAGCAGCUGCCUGUUCGUCAUUUGCUUUUAGCAUUGGGAUGAUGAUACUUGCUCUUCUUGGGUACUUUAUACGAGACUGGAGGAUUCUGUCCAUUACAGCUUCUCUUCCUGGAUUUGUCAUCAUCUUAUUUUGGUGGUUCCUACCGGAGUCUUUUCGGUGGUUCAUUGUGAAGGGCAAGAACUCCAAAGCAUUCGAAAGUUUCCAGAAGAUUGCAAAAUUCAACGGCAAAAAAAUGCCUGAAAACGAAAUAGAAUUCGUCGAAGAAAGCCAACGAGUUGGUGACCUGCGUGAUCUUUUCCGAUCACUGCAUAUGGCUAAAAUUACUAUUGCUAUUUCUUUUGCGUGGAUUGUUAUCACCAUGGUGUUUUAUGGCUCUAGUUUUAGCGCUGGUAUAUUUGGAGGGAAUCGAUAUCUAGUAUUUUUCUUUAUGGCUGCUGUAGAGAUACCUGCAAGUAUAUCAUCGGUUUUUUUAAUGAACAGAGCUGGCAGGAAGAAGGUCAUGUCACUGGGAUUGAUAAUAUCGGCGAUUGCAUCUCUUGGAGCUGUUUUAUUACAAAACAACAAAUCGAAUUCAGCAUUUUUCGUUGGUCAAAUCGUAAUGACUGUGGUAUCCAAGUAUUUUAUCUGCUUAGCAUUUCAAGUGGCUAUCGUCUAUACUACUGAGCUCUUCCCGACCGUUGUAAGAAGUGUUGGUUUUGGUACAGCUAGUGGUUCUGGCAGAAUUGGUGCAAUAUGCGCCCCUUUUAUUGUUUGGCUGGUGCGAAUCCAUAUCUUACUACCAUAUUCCAUAUUUGCAAUAUCUGCAUUCAUCGCUGGAAUACUUAGUCUUACCCUGCCUGAGACAAACAACAAACCUACCAAGGAGACUAUAGAAAUAAAUGAAAGAGCAUUGAAUACAGAUAAAUCGUAACAACUGGUGAAUGGAUGUCGAGAUACAGAUCUAUAAAACAAGUUAGCAACAAAAAUACAUAUUGCCGUUUUAGUUCUGAAAAACACAUUCAAUACAAAUAUAAUAUAAAUACAAACACCUUUAGUAUCAUAUGAUCAACUUUUUCAAAUUUAUUAGAUAUUUUAAAGUGAUAUUCAUAUAGUAUAUGUUAACAGAUCUUUGUAAAAAAAUGCAAUUGUUAUUGCUAUUUAUUUAAGCAAUAAACAACAAAAAAGGCGUUAAUAAUCUCGAUCCGGAGGCGAGAAUUUUUCAGCCUUUUGAGUGGUUUCCUUCCAAAUUCCCCCGAGUUAUAGAGAGCCUAUUAUAGACAGACUAAAUUUGUAUGAUGUUUUUAUUAACUAAAUGUCAACCACCAAAAAAAUAAGAGUCAAGACCAGCGAUGUAUUAUGGUUUUCGUAAUUAUUUCUUUUCCGUCCGGUAUCCUAGUCAUUAGAGCGCCUUGAUUGGCUAGCGCGCGGUCCGGUAUUUCACGAUCUGCGAGGUCCAUGGUAUCCUCAUGCAGCUAGGCUACGAGCAAAGUUGCAGAAAAUACAAAUAAAAAAAUAAUGAGAAUGUUAUUUACCGCCCAUAGGUCGGUCCGCAUAGGAACACUGCCCUCAGUCUUUUAUGUUCGUACUGUCAGGAYCUCGGGCAGUGUUUUCCCUUACGGACCUCCCAGCCGGUAAAUAACAUAUAUUUACGCCCAUUUUCGUACCAACACUAAUUAGGCUCAUAAAUGUCAAAGCCAAGUAAAUAGGAAUUUUUAAAUKUUUAAAACUUUUUCAGGGUAUCAUAGAAAUUACCUUGUAAAAAUCUUUAAAUAGUUAGUUGAAAAAAGCUCGAUCAGGAAACAACAUCCAGAGAA